UUGUUUCUGUUUAAAUGAAAACUUCAUCAUUUUAUUUUAGUUUAUUUUUGAUGAUUGGUGGCCUUACCUGCCUCAAUCGUACAGCCCCGCCCCGUUACACAUGUGGCUGAUAAAAAGCUUUGUGAAUCGCAGCGCGACGCUUUGUGAGGCUGUAGCCAAAAUCAGCAUGUCAACACGGAUAGAAAGACUUCUUCAAAGCCCUUUAAAAUCGCGAGGUCUGCCUCUUCACCUGUGGCCAACAGACAUAUCACAAGAUUCAAAGCCUAAAACACACCCAUGUAGCCCAGAACCAUGGCUUCUUCCAGGCUGCAGUUCAGUGUAUGAUAGUCUUGUCAGAUUUCCAUCUACCAGCUGCUCUAAAACCCCACAGCUGUCUUCACACAAUGGAGAAAAAACAUUUGCUGCUCCGAAGCCUCACAGGUCCUCCAUUCUUGAGAGGUGCAUCCUGAAGAUGUCUACAGCUAGUGUUGCUGUUGGAACCGAGGACGUGGAUGGAAUCAAGAGGUCACCAUCAGGGCGACAGUGGUGCUCCCACACUGCUGACCCAUCACAAUUUGAGACUAAUGAGGCGGUUUUGAAGCGCAGACAAAAACAGAUUCAGUAUGGGAAGAACACCUGUGGCUACCAAAACUAUGUGCAUGAGGUUCCAAAGCGCCUGCGUAUCCAUGGGAUUCACCCUUCCACUCCCAACAAAUACCGCAAAUAUAGCCGUAGAUCUUGGGAUAUGCAAGUCAGGCUCUGGCGCAGAGCACUUCACUCAUGGGACCCACCAUCUGCUUCCCAGAAAGAAAGUGAGGGACAAGACCCAGUUGAUCAACUGCAGGACCUGCUUGAGAAGAUGAAUAUGGAGUUGUGCGAAUUUGGAGAAAAGGAGGUAACAAAGUGGGAAAUGGGACCAGACUCCAGUGCUUCCAUAAUUUCUCAACCUACUGACUUCUCAACUGAUGGUCUUUGGCUGUCCUCUAAUGCCUCUCAAGUUGGGGUCUCAUGCCACCAGAACCAACCCUCUCAGCUUGGAUUGGGCUAUACCUUCAGAAGUCAUCUUACCGCUCAGGAGAACAUUCUAGGAUGGUUGCGAUUUCUCUUUGAGACUGACCACAACUUGAACCAGGCAACUUUGCUGCAUGAAGAGCCUUUCUGGAGAUUUAAAUAGUGAUAUUUUUUUUAUUUAUUUUUUUCCAGUGGUGUUUGAUGUUCUAAGAAAAAUUACACUUGAAUCACUUUCUCUUAGUUCUGUAUGUUGUACACAUAUGUAUUUUGGUGUCAAGGUGUCCUCUCCAGAUUAAUGUUUACUAUUGCUAUGAUUUCACGUACCAGUUAUCACUACUUUGUUAUUAACUUUCUAAUUUUUCACUUGUUAAAUUUUAAUUUCCCCCUCCCCAAAAGCAGUAAAGCACAUAUCCUGAUUUGUUACAUGUUCUUAACACUAUCUUUUUCUCCUGUUUGUCACAUCACUGUUUUUCUAAAAACAGACUAAGUUUAGACAUUUUAUAUUUUAUUUUUGUGUGUGUGGAUCUCUAAUAUGAGUGGAAAGCAAAACUAAUAAAGAUGUGGAC